AUGCUGGUGGCAGUUAAGCUGUCUCAUCAAGUGACUGUUGAAAACUCAAUUGCUGUGGAUUCGACGUCGAUUGAGGCUCAGCCUGAGGACGUCGUGAUAGGUGUCGUGGGUCUUCACCAUUUGGGCUACGGCUGCGCCUGCGGCAUAGUUGUUGGCAACGAUCUUUUCCAACGUUACGCCGUGAGUGGCCAACAAGUUCAGCUUACGCUGGAGCUCAUCAAUCGGCAUGUCCUGAGAUCAGUAGAGCAGGCAGAUGUCGGCUUUGGCGCCUUGAAGAUCCUCCGACUUCGUUGGAUAUACCUCGUUGGUGAAUAUGCUUCGAAUAUGCCCAAGGAGGUCGUCGUGAAGGAAGGCGUCAAUGGCGACUAA